AUGGGUUUCUCCUCUCUCCACGUCUGCAUGGAAUCAUCACCAGAUCAUUGGCUGCAGGGCACAAUUCACGAGGAGUCUGGGAUGGAUUCUUCUUCUUCACCAUGUGGUGACAUGCUUCAAUGCUCGAGGCCCAUGAUAGAGAGGAAGCUAAGACCCCCUAAUGACCAAGCCCUCAAGUGCCCCAGGUGUGAUUCAACUCACACCAAGUUCUGUUACUACAACAACUAUAGUCUCUCUCAGCCAAGGUACUUUUGCAAGACUUGUAGAAGGUACUGGACCAAAGGAGGCACUCUUAGGAACAUCCCUGUUGGUGGUGGUUGCAGAAAGAACAAGAAAGUUUCUACCAAGAAACCCAAUGACCAAUCACCUAUUAAUCAAAACCAACCAGAUCCUAGAACCUCUUACAAUCACAACCCCAAUGAUCUUCAACUUUCUUACCCAGAUGUGCAAUUUUCCCAUCUCAACAAUUUACUCGGGACUAAUGCAGGAGCACUUCGAAACCCUAAUUUUAUGGAGAGUACUGAGUAUAACAUGGGAAUUCUCGAGAACCCUAGGCCUAUUGACUUCAUGGAAAAUAACGUGGUGGAGGGUAUAAUUAGGACUUCAAGGAAUUUUGAUUUUUUCGGAAAUAGCGAUAUGGGUGUGGGUGAUAUGAGUGGUUACAAUGGGUUGCCAUCAAAUUAUCAAGGUCUUUGCUCUUCAGCAUUUGGGGGCAUGUCCCUUGAUGGAAGCAAUGGUGGAAAUUAUAUAAUGGAAUCUUGCCAGAGACUGAUGUUGCCGUAUGAUGCAUGUGACAACCGCAACGGUUCAAUUGAUAUGAAGCCAAACCCUAAACUAUUGUCCCUUGAAUGGCACUCUGAUGCUGAAAAAGAGUCAUUUGGAGGAUAUCUUGACGGCUCAGGAUCAUGGACUGGCGUGAUGAAUGGCUAUGGAUCUUCCACAACAAAUCCUAUGGUCUAG